AUGUCGAAAGAAGACGAGAGUUCACAGGUGUUCAAAGGCACCACAACCGAAGAUGUUCGCCUUGAAAAUUUGGGCUAUGAGCAGGAGCUUAAACGUUCUUUUGGGUUGCUGUCUAUGAUUGGUUUCAGCUUCAGUGUUGUGACAUCAUGGACGGCACUGAGUGGUGUGUUCAUCGUUGGAGUGACCUCGGGUGGUCCACCAGUGAUGGUCUUUAGUUUCAUCGGUGUCAGCUUGCUCACUCUGGCUGUUGCGAUUCCCAUGGCAGAGAUGUGCUCCAUGUACCCCGUCGCAGGGGGACAAUACUCGUGGGUUGCUGCGCUUACGCCUCCCCGGUUCGCUCGAGGUUUAUCAUACGCCACUGGCUGGUUCAUGCUUAUCGGUCUCCUAGCAAUGGGCGCCACGAACAACUCCAUUGCCGCCAACUUUGUGCUGGGCAUGGCAAAUCUGGUUUUCCCGGAAUAUAAUAUUGAAAGAUGGCAGACAGUACUGGUAGCCUACCUAGUGGCUAUUCUAUCUGCCGCUAUCAAUCUUUGGGGAUCCCAUUUACUGCACCGGAUCUCCAAAUUUAUUCUAAUCUGGAAUGUCGGCUCUUUCGUUAUAGUUACCGUUACCCUCCUUGCGAUGAACGAUCAUAAGCAGCCCGCCUCUUUUGUUUUCUCAGACUUCCAGAACACCACAGGCUGGGGUACCGGGAUGGCUGCUAUUAUCGGCGUCCUACAGGCAUGCUUUGGAAUGUGCUGCUACGAUGCUCCCUCGCAUAUGACUGAAGAAAUGAAGUCGGCCUCGAAGGAGGCACCCAAGGCUAUUAUUUUGGCCGUGAUUUUGGGUGCGGUUACAGGAUUUGCUUUCCUGCUCACACUUUGCUUCUGCAUUGGCGAUAUCACAGAGACUGCCGAGAGCGCUACCGGCGUCCCCGUUAUUCAGAUUAUCUACGACUCCACAGGAAGCAAAGUCGGCACCUGCAUUUUGUCUAGCUUGAUUGCCGUGAUUGUUAUUGUGGCUGGUGUCAACAUCCUCGCUGAAGGAUCUCGCUCUGUUUAUGCUUUUGCUCGUGACAACGGACUGCCUUUCUCGAAGGUAUUCAGCAAGGUCGAGAAUAAGAGCCAGGUCCCGGUGAAUGCCGUUCUUCUCACUCUGGCCGUCCAAUUGGCCCUUGAUGCCAUUGAAUUCGGCACUACGACAGGCUUUGAGACAGUCAUCUCGAUCUCAACCGAAGGCUUCUAUCUUUCCUACGCAAUGGCUCUUUUCAGCCGUCUGAUUGGAUACCUCUCCGGCCAUGUCACCAAGCUCGAGGGUCCUUAUGCAUUCUCUACCCCGGUGUCGAUUGCUCUCAACGUCGUGGGCCUUGUUUUCCUUCUUUUCGCUUCCAUCACUUUUAACUUCCCGAGCACUGCUCCUGUGAAUGAGGAGUCGAUGAACUACACUAGCGCUGCUGUUGGUGUUAUCGGUCUCAUUAGCAUCGUUACUUGGUUCACCACUGGUCGGAAGAACUUCACAGGUCCGGGAGCUGUGAGCUUCCUCAAAGGACAGAAUACCGCGCAGAACGCUACGCAAGCUGAUGCUGCUGCUGUGGAAGUGGACGAGAAAAAGCGUUAG